AUGGCCCCCAAACACCAGUCUUCUCUUCCACCCCAAGCGAAGAAACUGAAGAAAGCCAGGCCGACGCCUGCCUCCAGGCCAGACGAGGCAUCUGCUUCUUCAAAUUUGCCGAAGGAAGAAAAAGAACAGCAAGAAGCAAUUGAACAUAUUGAUGAAGUACAAAAUGAAAUAGACAGACUUAAUGAACAAGCCAGUGAGGAGAUUUUGAAAGUAGAACAGAAAUAUAACAAACUCCGCCAACCAUUUUUUCAGAAGAGGUCAGAAUUGAUCGCCAAAAUCCCCAAUUUUUGGGUAACAACAUUUGUUAACCAUCCACAAGUGUCUGCACUGCUUGGGGAGGAGGAUGAAGAGGCGCUGCAUUAUUUGACAAGAGUUGAAGUGACAGAAUUUGAAGACAUUAAAUCAGGUUACAGAAUAGAUUUUUAUUUUGAUGAAAACCCUUACUUCGAAAAUAAAAUUCUCUCCAAAGAAUUUCAUCUGAAUGAGAGUGGUGACCCAUCUUCAAAGUCCACUGAAAUCAAAUGGAAAUCUGGAAAGGAUUUGACGAAACGAUCAAGUCAAACACAGAAUAAAGCCAGCAGGAAGAGGCAGCAUGAGGAACCAGAAAGCUUCUUCACCUGGUUUACUGAUCAUUCUGAUGCAGGUGCAGAUGAAUUAGGAGAGGUCAUCAAAGAUGAUAUUUGGCCAAAUCCGUUACAGUACUACUUGGUUCCUGACAUGGAUGAUGAGGAAGGGGAAGGAGAAGAGGAUGACGACGAUGAUGAAGAGGAGGAAGGAUUGGAAGAUAUUGAUGAAGAAGGGGAUGAGGAUGAAGGUGAAGAAGAUGAAGAUGAUGAUGAGGGGGAGGAAGGAGAGGAAGAUGAAGGAGAAGAUGACUAA